AUGGUGUUCGAUCGAAAGAACAAUGUGAAAGCAGCGCCACGAAUCGGUCGAAUGAACAAAUUCGCUCUUGUGGACCUCAUCAAGUAUGAAGUCGGUCAGCUCUCAUCUCUUGCACACCCUCGAAUUCUACACGUCCAGCAAUCGUUAGAAGACUCAAGGGAAUUUCUUGCCUUUGCAACGGAAUCGGUUAUCGCGUCACUGGAUCUCCUUGUGGUCGAAGAAGGAGUUGAGCGACUGGAGAUGAAAGUCGGUGUUCUUCAGCUUUAUUUCAAACUCGGUUACGAUUUUCAGAUUAUCGAUGGCCUUUCGUAUUUGCACAAUUCUGCGAAGAUCCUUCACGGUAAUCUGACUCCGUCCGCCAUUUACGUCACUAACAGUCGACAAUGGAAAAUUGCCGGUUUCGCGUUUGCAGUGGCCGCAAAAGAACCGGAUUGUUAUCCAUGUUUUCCGUGGACUAAGAAACUUCCACCGAUUCUGCAACCGGAUCUAGAUUUCCUGGCUCCGGAAUAUCUGGCUCCGAAUCAACAGACGGUCACAUCGGCUGCCGACGUGUUCUCCUUAGGAGUUCUUAUAUGUUGGAUCUAUGCAGGCGGCAAGCGUCUCAUUGAUGCAAAGAAUAAUCUGGAGACUCAUGCGAUCAUCUGCGGUCAGUUGAAUGAAGCACUGAACUGUAUCUCUGAAGAGUUGGGCUCGAAUCUGAAAGAAUCUAUGCGUAAAGUGCUUAGUUUGGACGUAGAAGUUCGCCCUACAGUGCAACUGCUUUCACUGAUUAAACACUUCGACGAUCCGGCGCUUUCAGCACUUCGACAGCUUGACGACAUUUCACAGGUGUUCGAUCCGUCCCAAAAAGCGCAUUUCCUUGGCCAAACUCUCGUCUCGGCGUUGCCGGUAAUCCCGGAAACGAUAUGGUUCUCACGAGUAUUGCCGCGUUUCAAUGAACAGUUGUCCGAUUCGCACGAGUUGUUUGCUCCUUUGGCGAAGACGUUAUUCUUCAUACUCGAUCAUUGUGAAAGUCAUAAUAUCUAUAAACUACGCACAUGGAUGCGGAAGAUCCUCGAUCACACCACUCAGAAACCGGUCCGACUCUAUUUAUUCUUUACUUGUUUUUUUUUAUUUAUUUACAUAUUCAUUUAUUCAUUCUCCAUUCAUUAUUGGGUUCGCUACUAUCAUUCGCUUCUUGACCAUCCUUAACUCACAAAUCGUGAGAGAGACAGCAAACCAGUUGGGUUCUGGCAAAUCGGUAUGAAGGAAGAGAAUGAAAGAGGAAAUCUUUUGAAAAAAUCCGCGAUGAAUUAA